AUGGCAGAAGAAAUUCUCAACGAUUCCCUCCCAGAUUUAAAGGAGCUUGAAAAUAAGAUCGGCAGGAAAACACCGGAGAGUCUUCUGAUCUGGAUGAAAGAUGCUGCGGAUUGUGAAGAUGAGGUGGCGGACAGAGGAGACCAGAGAUCUGCUGACAGCUUUUCAGACAAAAUCAACAACUUGAAGCAAGAGAUGAGGUGGCUCCGAUCUGCCGAUGUGAGGAUUCUCCGUCAGCUGGUGGCCUUGCAUGAAGGGAUCGAGGCCAUGCGUUGGCUCAUGGAGGAGAGAGGAACCUUAGCCAGCCGAGGCAGCAGCUUAACAGGCAGCCUGAGCAGCCUGGCGACCGUGGAGGAGCACUGGCCCUCCAUGUCUCCCUGCAGAGAAAGCCCCAGUCCGACCUGCCUCCAGGAAUUGACUGAAACCAGCAGCAUUGAAUCAGCAGACCAGCAGCCUCCAUCACACACCGACUUUGGUAAGACGAACCGCAUGAGUUACUUUGACGUCCUCCACUCAGAGUCCAGUGAAGCAAAACCUCCGAGAAGUUCUGAUCAGGCAUCAUUAAAUCCUGUCAACAGUUUGGUUUGUGCCAAUGGACCGAAGUCAGAAGCGCUGCACUCGGACGCAGCAGCGCUACAGCACAUUAAAGGUGGUGCAAACACCAUCAGAAGAGCUCUGCAGAGAUCCACCAAAAGAAAACCCAAAGUGGAUGCUGCUACCUUUGCCUUCACUCAACGGUCAGAAGAGACAAUUCACCAAACUGAGGAGGAUUUCUCACAGUCUAACAAGGAGGCAGAGGAAGAGAGUGCAGCCAGUAAAGAGAAAGCUUUGCUGGGUUAUGAUGCCCAGUGGUGCUGGGUGGAGUCGCAGGACGAUGUGACAUUUUUAUGAUCUUCUAUAAAACAGUUAAGAUUGAUGAUCUUUGUGUUGAAGCUAUUAUCUAAAACGGUGAACUGCCAGCGAUACAAUGGAGUUUAAAAUGCACUUUGACUCUCUGUGUGUCAGAAUAAGAUUGAUGCUCACUGACUAAUGUGAUAAAUGUUUGUCACUGUGUCAUUCUGACGGCACUUUUGUUUAGGACGUGUUUGAUAACUUUUUAAUUUGACUGCAUAUUUUAGGAGUUUUAAAGGAAAAUUAGCUAAAUCCUUUUAUUAUGAAUGAAAAAUGAGACAUAUGGUUUAGCUCUGAAAACAUGCACAGCACUGUAUGAUGUGAUCCAUGUUUCACAUUUCAGGUUUAAAGAUUUUGAACAUCAGAUUUUCUGGAGGUUUGUGUUCGUAUUUUGUAUUGUUGUAGUUUUAAAUCAGUAGCUCUUUUUUAUUUUUUAUUUGAUUGCAAUUAAUAUCAUUUGACUGUCUUUUAUAAAGCAACAAUACUAGUCAGUGUA